AUGGUUUUUUUGAACAAUGCCUCGCGCAACACCCACCUCCGACCGUACUCCAGCAGCAACACCAAUGCCAUCAUCAACGCGGCCGCCGAACCACCACCUCCAACCCAAUCCCACCCCAACGGCUCCCUCGCAGGCAAAUCGAUAGCAAUAAAAGACAACAUCCUCACUACCGCCACGCCCACGACCGCCGCCUCACGCGCCCUCCACAACUACCCCUCACCCUUUCCCGCAACCGUCAUCACCCUCCUGCAACAACAUGGCGCAUACAUCUCCUCCAAGACGAACCUCGACGAGUUCGGUAUGGGCUCGCACACGCAGUCCUCCUUCCACGGCCCCGCCAUAAGCCCUUUCAGUCGAAACGGUGUGCCUUUAACUCCAGGUGGCAGUAGCGGCGGCAGCGCGGUAGCUGUCGCGGAGGGCAAGGCGUGGGCGGCGCUGGGCACGGAUACGGGGGGAAGUGUGCGGUUGCCGGCGGCGUAUUGCGGGGUGGUGGGGUUUAAGCCGAGUUAUGGGUGUGUGUCGCGGUGGGGGGUGGUGGCGUAUGCGAAUUCGAUGGACACGGUGGGCGUGCUUGCACGGACGGUUGGGGAUGCGAGGAAGGUGUUUGGGGUGCUGGAUGUGUACGAUGAGCGGGAUCCGACGUCCCUGCUACCGUCUGUACGGCAGCGGAUACGCAGCAAACGGAGCAGCACAGCUGGCAGAGGUAAAAAGAUGAGAAUUGGUGUCCCGACCUCCUACCUCACCACCUCCAUCUCCCCCGCCGUCCGCGCCGCCUACGCCUCCACCCUCACCCGUCUCCAAGCCGCAGGCCACACACUCAUCCCCAUCGGUCUCCCCACAAGCAAACUCGCGCUCUCGACAUACUACAUCCUCGCCCCCGCCGAAGCCUCCUCCAACCUCGCCAAAUACGAUGGGAUCCGCUACGGGUACCGCACAUCCGGCCCCGACGCGCGGCCGAAGGAGGAUCCACCGCUUCCGUUUUACGCUGCGACCCGUGGCGAAGCGUUCGGCGACGAAGUACGCAGACGUAUAUUGCUAGGAGCGUACACGUUAAGUUCCGAAGCGAUGCACAACUACUUCAUCCAAGCGCAGAAAAUUCGACGACUGGUAUCGCGGGACUUUGAUGCCGUGUUCGCUUUGCCGCACCCCUUGCACGAGGACACCGCGCAGCGCCCCGCUCCCUUACCCUCGGACGAGAAUAAGGAAGAUGGGAAGGGAAAAGUCGACAUCAUCCUCACCCCCACAACCCCCACCCUCCCCCCAACCCUCUCCGAAAUCGCGCAGCAAUCCGCCCUCGAGCACUACAUGAACGACGUCUUCACCGUCCCCGCCAGUCUGGCAUGUCUACCCGCUUUGAGCGUUCCGGUGCCUCUGCCAGCGGAAGUGAGGGAGGGGAUGGAGGAGGGAGAUGUGAGCACGGUGGGCGUGCAGGUGAUUGGGCAGUUGGGGGAUGAUGAGGGGGUGCUGGGGGCGGGGGAGGUGGUUGAGGGGUUGUGGUGA